GGGUGGGGGGGCUUUGUGCGCGGCGGCGGGAGCGGCGGCAGCGGCGGCGGGAGCGGGCGGCGGCACGGAGGCGUAGGCUGAGGGGACUGUGCGCUGGGAGCCGCGGAGAGGCGUGCGAAUUCCAAGCGGAGCCCCGAGGACCCUGCUACCCCGCCGGGCCGCCGGGCCGCCAGCCACAAGCUUCUCUCCGGCACCAGCGACUGCGCGGCGACCCCCGUCCAGCCGCCUUUCCUUCUCACCCCACCGCCCGCAGCCUUCCUCCUCCCCGCAGCGCGCCCGGCCCGGCCCGGCCCGGCCGUGGCCCUCCUCGGUGCCGGCCGCCAUGGCAGAGGCGCCAGGCGCGGGGAAAAUCUAGUUCGGGGAUUUCAUGCGGCCUAGCUUGGUUCCGUCUCCUCCCCCCGCGGCUCCGGCAGCUGCCCGCACCCCAGCCCUACUUCGGGCCUCCGUGUCUCUCCUGUGAUCGCACUGACACGGCCGGGGGGUUAGAAUGGAACAGACUGAAGGCCCGAUGAGAGAAAGGGAAAGUUGAGGAUGCUGGAGCAGAACAAUGGAUUUCUCUUUCUCUUUCAUGCAAGGGAUCAUGGGAAACACAAUUCAGCAACCACCUCAACUCAUUGACUCCGCCAACAUCCGCCAGGAGGAUGCCUUUGAUAACAACAGUGACAUUGUUGAAGAUGGUGGCCAGACACCAUAUGAAGCUACCUUGCAGCAGGGCUUUCAGUACCCACCUACAACAGAAGACCUUCCUCCACUCACAAAUGGCUACCCACCAUCAAUCAGCAUGUAUGAAACUCAAACCAAAUACCAGUCAUAUAAUCAGUAUCCCAAUGGGUCAGCCAAUGGCUUUGGUGCAGUUAGAAACUUUAGCCCCACUGACUAUUAUCAUUCAGAGAUUCCAAACACAAGACCACAUGAAAUUCUGGAAAAACCUUCCCCUCCACAGCCACCACCUCCUCCUUCAGUACCACAAACUGUGAUUCCAAAGAAGACUGGCUCACCUGAAAUUAAACUAAAAAUAACCAAAACUAUCCAGAAUGGCAGGGAAUUGUUUGAGUCUUCCCUUUGUGGAGACCUUUUAAAUGAAGUACAGGCAAGUGAGCACACAAAGUCAAAACAUGAAAGCAGGAAAGAAAAGAGGAAAAAAAGCAACAGGCAUGACUCAUCUAGAUCUGAAGAGCGCAAGUCUCACAAAAUCCCCAAAUUAGAACCAGAGGAACAAAAUACACCAAAUGAGAGGGUGGAUAUUGCACCAGAAAAACCAAGAGAAGAGCCAGCACUCAAAGAGGCCACCCUGGUUCAGCCAAUACUAACUUCUGUUCCAACAACAGAAGUGUCCACUGGUGUCAAGUUCCAGGUUGGUGAUCUUGUUUGGUCCAAGGUGGGAACCUAUCCGUGGUGGCCUUGUAUGGUUUCAAGUGAUCCCCAGCUUGAUGUCCAUACCAAAAUUAACACAAGAGGUGCCCGGGAAUAUCAUGUCCAGUUUUUUAGCAACCAGCCAGAGAGGGCAUGGGUUCAUGAAAAGCGGGUACGGGAGUACAAAGGCCAUAAACAAUAUGAAGAAUUACUGGCUGAAGCAACCAAACAGGCCUGCAAUCACUCUGAAAAGCAAAAGAUCCGGAAGCCCCGCCCUCAGAGAGAACGUGCCCAGUGGGAUAUUGGCAUUGCUCAUGCAGAGAAAGCAUUGAAAAUGACUCGAGAAGAAAGAAUAGAACAGUACACUUUCAUUUAUAUUGACAAGCAGCCUGAAGAGGCUUUAUCCCAAGCAAAAAAGAAUGUUGCCUCUAAGACUGAAGUUAAAAAAACCCGAAGACCAAGAUCUGUGCUGAAUACUCAACCAGAACAGACCAAUACAGGGGAGGUGGCCUCCUCACAAUCAAGUACUGAAAUUCGGAGACAGAGCCAGAGGCGACACACAAGCACGGAAGAGGAAGAACCACCUCCUGUUAAAAUAGCCUGGAAAACAGCAGCCGCGAGGAAAUCCUUACCAGCUUCCAUUACAAUGCACAAAGGGAGCCUGGAUUUGCAGAAAUGUAAUAUGUCUCCAGUUGUGAAAAUUGAACAAGUGUUUGCUCUUCAGAAUGCAACAGGAGAUGGGAAAUUUAUUGAUCAAUUUGUUUAUUCGACAAAGGGAAUUGGUAACAAAACAGAAAUAAGUGUCAGGGGGCAAGACAGGCUUAUAAUCUCUUCACCAAACCAGAGAAGUGAAAAGCCAACGCAGAAUACAUCAUCUUCUGAAGCAACAUCUGGUCCUACAGGCUCAGUAGAAAAGAAGCAACAGAGAAGAUCAAUUAGGACUCGAUCUGAAUCAGAGAAAUCCACUGAAGUUGUGCCAAAGAAGAAGAUCAAAAAGGAGCAGGUUGAAACAGUUCCUCAGGCUGCAGUGAAGACUGGAUUACAGAAAGGUGCCAGCGAGAUUUCAGAUUCCUGUAAACCUCUAAAGAAAAGGAGUCGCGCCUCAACUGAUGUAGAAAUGGCUAGUUCUGCAUACAGAGACACAUCUGACUCCGAUUCUAGAGGACUGAGUGACCUGCAGGUAGGCUUUGGAAAACAAGUAGAUAGCCCUUCAGCUACCGCAGAUGCAGAUGUUUCUGAUGUACAGUCUAUGGAUUCAAGUUUGUCCCGAAGAGGCAUCGGAAUGAGUAAGAAGGACACUGUGUGUCAGAUCUGUGAAAGCUCUGGUGACUCUCUGACUCCUUGUGAGGGGGAGUGCUGCAGAAACUUUCACCUGGAGUGCCUGGGUUUGACAUCAGUCCCCGAUGGGAAGUUCAUCUGCACGGAGUGUAAAACCGGGCAACACCCAUGUUUUUCAUGUAAGGUGUCUGGUAAAGAUGUGAAGCGUUGUUCUGUUGGAACAUGUGGAAAAUUUUAUCAUGAAGCCUGUGUCCGUAAAUUCCCUACUACCAUCUUUGAGUCAAAAGGAUUCCGCUGUCCCCAGCACUGCUGCUCUGCCUGCUCUAUGGAGAAAGAUAUCCACAAAGCAAGCAAAGGACGCAUGGUGAGAUGCUUGAGAUGUCCCGCCGCCUAUCACUCUACUGAUGCUUGCAUUGCUGCUGGAAGCGUAUCUGUGUCCUCCUACGCUCUGAUCUGUAGUAAUCAUUCCAAACGGAGCAGUAGUUCUGCCGCUGUUAAUGUAGGCUUUUGUUUCGUUUGUGCCAGAGGGCUGAUAGUUCAGGACCAUUCAGACCCCAUGUUCAGUUCAUAUGCCUAUAAGUCCCACUACCUACUGAAUGAAUCAAAUCGUGCUGAGUUGAUGAAAUUACCUAUGAUUCCUUCUUCGUCAGCUUCCAAAAAGAAAUGUGAGAAAGGUGGAAGACUGCUCUGCUGUGAGUCGUGCCCAGCUUCCUUUCACCCGGAAUGUCUGAGCAUAGACAUGCCAGAAGGCUGCUGGAAUUGCAAUGACUGUAAAGCUGGCAAGAAACUGCAUUACAAGCAGAUUGUGUGGGUCAAAUUGGGAAAUUACAGAUGGUGGCCAGCAGAGAUCUGCAGCCCCAGGUCUGUGCCACUGAAUGUCCAGGGCCUGAAACAUGGCGUGGGGGACUUCCCUGUGUUCUUCUUUGGCUCUCAUGACUACUAUUGGGUGCACCAGGGCAGAGUGUUCCCUUAUGUGGAAGGAGAUAAAAGUUUUGCUGAGGGACAGACUAGUAUUAACAAAACCUUCAAGAAAGCACUGGAAGAAGCUGCAAAACGUUUCCAGGAAUUGAAAGCACAAAAAGAAAGUAAAGAAGCACUAGAGAUUGAAAAAAAUUCAAGAAAACCUCCUCCUUACAAACACAUCAAAGCUAACAAAGUAAUAGGAAAGGUUCAGAUUCAGGUUGCUGACCUGUCAGAGAUUCCCCGCUGUAACUGCAAGCCUGCUGAUGAAAACCCUUGCGGCUUGGAAUCAGAGUGUCUGAACAGAAUGCUGCAAUAUGAGUGUCACCCUCAGGUGUGUCCUGCUGGAGAUCGCUGUCAGAACCAGUGCUUCACAAAGAGGCUCUACCCAGAUGCAGAAAUCAUCAAAACGGAGCGAAGAGGCUGGGGCCUCAGGACCAAAAGGAGCAUUAAGAAGGGCGAAUUUGUAAAUGAAUAUGUUGGUGAAUUAAUUGAUGAAGAAGAAUGCAGACUGCGAAUCAAGCGAGCCCACGAGAACAGUGUAACUAAUUUUUAUAUGUUAACUGUUACCAAGGACCGUAUAAUUGAUGCUGGCCCAAAAGGAAAUUACUCUCGUUUUAUGAACCACAGUUGCAAUCCAAACUGUGAAACACAGAAGUGGACAGUGAAUGGAGAUGUUCGAGUUGGACUUUUUGCUCUUUGUGAUAUACCUGCAGGGAUGGAGUUAACAUUUAAUUAUAACUUGGAUUGUCUGGGCAAUGGCAGAACGGAGUGCCACUGUGGAGCAGAUAACUGCAGUGGUUUUCUAGGAGUGCGGCCAAAGUCGGCAUGUGCCUCAACAGUUGAAGAAAAGGCAAAAAAUUCUAAAUUAAAGCAGAAGAGACGAAAAAUCAAAACAGAACCAAAGCAGACACAUGAAGAUUCCUGUUUUCAAUGUGGCGAUGGUGGAGAGCUGGUCAUGUGUGACAAAAAGGACUGUCCCAAAGCAUACCACCUCCUAUGCCUUAACCUGACUCAGCCACCAUAUGGGAAGUGGGAGUGCCCGUGGCAUCAGUGCAACGAGUGCAGCAGUGCAGCCAUUUCCUUCUGUGAGUUCUGUCCACAUUCAUUUUGUAAAGAUCAUGGAAAGGGGGCUCUUGUUCCCUCUGCACUGGAAGGCCGUCUCUGCUGCUCUGAACAUGACCCCUUAUCUCCUGUGUCAUCAGAAUACUGGAGCAAGAUCAAAUGUAAAUGGGAAUCACAGGUUCAUGGAGAAGCAGCAAAAGAAUAAAUGGGUGGUCAUUUCCUCCCCUCUUUAUUUAAGAAAAUGAAAAGAAGCAAGUAGAUAAUGCAUUCAAAAAGAAGAGACUCCAUAAUGCAUCCAGCCUUUGCCAUCGGAACUGCCUUCCUUAAGCAAAAUGGGAAACCAGUUCACAGGAAACCAGUUCACAAAGGCAGAAGCAGUUGGUGGUGUCUGACUUUUCUGUUUUGUUUUGUUGGUUUGGGGGUUCUUUUGUCAAGGGUUAAAUUCCCUUGACCUUUUCUUGCCUUUUAUUGUGCUUCAAACCCUUCGCAACUGGGAAAAGAGAUGUCUUUGCUUUUAAAGUAAGAACAAAGAGAAAAGAAAGUUUUGUUAAUGAGAUCAGUUAAAGUCUAAGAUAUGUUCCUUGGUUGUAUAAAGCAAAAGUAACCAUCAUUCCUUUAUUUAUUUUCACUUUUAGGGAUUUCAAGAAGUGUAGUUAAGAUAGUCUAAAUAGUGUGUGCGUGUGUGCGUGCAUUUCCAGUAGGAAUUGGAGGAAGCCCUCUGAAAGAGGGUGUGACCACUUUUAUAUACCUCUUUACUGAGCAGUCUGUAGGCUAACUUCUCUUUCCCUUCCACAUGUCUUUCAUAGUUUUAGAGAAGGGCUCUCUGCAAGUAUUAAAUCUGGCCUCUUGGAAACAAACACCUCAGUGGUUUUUACCUCUGUGGUCUUAAACUAGGUGGGCUUUGUGAUGUGGUAACUUUACCUUGAAAGAUAUAUGAUGAUUUUUGUUGAGGAGGAAAAAAGGAAUGGAUGCACUCAUCGAUUUUGAAAUGUUUGUUGACAAUGAACUUUUCUGAUGUUGUGCAUUUAUGUAAACAUGAAUACUCAGGCAGAAUGUCACUCCUGUCCUCCUGACACUUGUGAAGGCAGCUAAAGGGAGAUGCAAGGCACAAACCAAAAGUUGGAUCAUAUAAGCACCACUUGUUUUUUUGUCCAAUUUAAUGUAGACAUUGGUCUGACUUAAACUUAGGGCAUUUCAUUUUCUGUCUCUGUUUCCCUCUCCUAAUCUAACAUUUUUCCUUUGUCCACUUUACCAGUUAUGUUUCCUGGUAAAGCUAUACAAGUGAAUUUUAACUGUGUUAGAAUCCACCUUUUUGGUUGAGUUUCUAGUUGGGAAGAGGGGGCAAAAGCAGUAGGGGCAUCCCCAAAUAUAAAGUUUCUAUUUAGUAUUACCCAAUACUUAAAAUUGCCUCCAUUUAGUAAGGGGAAGAAUUUCUAUUUUUACAGGGUAUAUAAGCGCCACGCAAACACUUCAUCUUAGGAAACACAUGAGGAAAGCUCCCAAGAAAGUCAGUGUUAGCAAAAAUGGUUGACUGAGAUGUUUGAAUCUUACAGAUGCAAAUAUACCAGAUGUCUGCCCACAAAAACUCUCUUGCAUUUAAUGCUUAGGAAUAUGUGUAUUGUUCUAUGAAAUCAUUAGUAAUGUCAGACAUUAUUAUAACACAAGACUAAAUAGAAGUCUAGGGUUAGCGUGAAUGAAUGUUAACUUUCUCUGUGAAUUUCACUUCUUACAGAUGCUGGUACCUGGUAGCAUUUAUUUUCCCUUAAGAAGUACCUAGUAAUCUUAUGAACAUUGGGAAGGUAGAUGCUGUACCACAUUCCUUCAGUUGUCUUAUGUGUGUUCGUUCCAUUUUCUUAUCAAUUUAGAGCUCUUCUCUGGAAAGAGCUAUUUUGUGCCUCUUUUUUGUAUAAAAAAUGUGCAAUUAUACUGGAUUUUCUCUUGUAAAAGAAAAAUAAACAGUAACAGCACUACACUCCCUCUACUUAGCUCCUAAACUGCCAUUUGCCUGACUACAGUAAUCAAUUCUGGGGUGACUUAUUGGUCCUCCAGUAAUUCUGUUGAUUAGAUAUGAUCCCAAAAGAGAGCAAAAUAGAAAAUGCUACAUGCUACCAAGUCUAAUUGCUACAAGUAAUGUGAAAUACGGCUCGUGAAAACACUAGACUUUGCUCUUGAGCAAUUAUACAGUUUGAUGUUCUUUUAAAAAAUAAUUUAAGAAAAUCUAACGUUUAUCAUACUAAAUUCUUAUUUUAUAUAGAUUUAUGAUAAAUUAUGGUUUUUUAAACUUAUUAACUAAGAAUUUUCA